GCCACAGACGCCUUCUGCCCUCAAGCUUCUCUGCGAAUCUCUUAUCUGGACGUGACGCAACUCAGCCCACAAUUCCCCCCACGGGGUCUUUUCCCCUCUUUCUGUACGAGCCACGGUUACAUCGGCCCAGCGCGCGAGUCGUGGAAUGCGAUGACCCCUCGCGGGGGUAUUCCAAGGUUGCCGUCUCUGCAAAUCGCGAGGACACCCGAAGUCCGGUCCUUCUGCUAUCAAUGGGCGGAAAAUCCCCGAGAUCAGCAAUGAUUUGAACAACCAUAGACUGAUCAUGCAUCAUCAGCCUGCAGGUCCCCCUCUCCUUUUAAAUAGUCCGCCCCCCCCCAAGUAGACUUUCGGUGUUCCCCUUCUUUCUUCUGCGGCAUUUAUCGGACCACAUUUUCAGCUCGGGGGCUUGAACGAUAUCAUUAUGGCGGCACAGUCGGUUCAUGAAGAUGAGCCUAAGCUCUCCGAUCUCGAGAAAGUCGCUUCAUCGCAUGACCCGCAUAGGUCGAAGUUGACUCAGUUUGAGGAUCCAGAUGAGGGCUUGAGCGAUGAGGAGAGGGCGAAGAUUGACCGCGCUCUGCUCUGGAAAUUGGACUUGAAGCUUGUUCCUUGGCUUAGUUUGCUUUAUCUUAUUUCGUUCUUGGACAGGACCAAUAUCGGCAAUGCGAAGAUCGCACAUCUACAGGAGGAUCUUGAUAUGACCGACAGCCAAUACAAUGCUGCACUUACCAUUUUCUUCGUCUCGUACUCGGUUUUCGAGCCAUUGACCAACGUUCUACUCAAACGUCUGCGACCCAGCAUUUUCAUUCCCGUCAUUAUGGUCCUAUGGGGCAUCUGCAUGAUGUGCAUGGGCUUCGUCCACAACUGGGCUGGUCUCAUGGCGGUCCGCUGGUUCCUCGGCCUAUCAGAAGCCGGCCUCUUCCCAGGCGUAAACUACUUCCUCUCAUGCUGGUACAAGCGCUCUGAGCUCGGCGUGCGCAUGGCCAUCUUCUUUUCCGCCGCCGCACUGGCCGGUUCUUUUGGCGGCCUUCUCGCGGCCGCAAUCGCCAACAUGGACGGUCUUGGCGGCAAAGAAGGCUGGGCCUGGAUCUUUAUCCUGGAGGGUCUUGCUACAAUCGUGAUUGGUGUCAUAUCGUUCUGGAUGGUGUACGAUUUCCCCGACGAGGCCAGGUUCCUGUCGGACGACGAUCGGAAGCGUGUGCUGAAGCGGCUUUCGGCGGACCAGCAGGCAAGUGCGGAGCAUGAGCAGUUCAAAAUGGCAUAUUUCUGGAACAGUCUUAAGGAUUGGAAGACAUAUACAGGGAUGAUUAUUUAUAUGGGUGCCGAUGGGUCUCUUUAUGCGUUUUCGUUGUUCGUCCCGACCAUUAUUAACGAGUUGGGUUACAAGGACAUCCACGCCCAGCUCCUUAGUGUACCUCCCUACGCCGCCGCAGCCGUUUUGACCGUCGCCGUGGGGUUCAUGGCUGACCGGACCCGGCAGCGUGGGAUGUGGAACAUACUCGUCUCUUUCUUGGGGAUAACGGGCUUUGCCAUGCUCCUGGGCGCGAAAGGCGCUGGUGCACGAUACGCAGGGACCUUUCUGGGAGCAAUGGGUAUCUACCCUGCCAUCUCGAACACGAUCUCUUGGACAAGUAACAAUGUCGAAGGUAAGCUACGCCCGUUUCCCAGCUCCCUGGUCACCAACAGUUUUUUCUCCAUCCAUCCUUUACCAGGUCAAGAUACUGACAGUUAUCUAAUAACAGGCGUUUACAAACGCGGAGUAACCCUCGGCUUCGUCAUCGGCUGGGGAAAUCUCAAUGGCAUCGUAUCAUCGAACAUCUAUCGCGGCAAAGACGCACCACGGUUCUACCCCGGUCACGGCACAGUCCUCGCAUACCUGGUCCUCUUCCAGCUCGGAGGGUCCAUCCUGCAGUAUAUCCUCCUGCGCAGGGAAAAUGCGAAGCGCAAGCGCGGCGAGCGCGACCACUGGGUCGAAGGCCUAGACCAAAAUGAGAUCUCGCUGUUGGGUGAUAAGAGGCCGGAUUUUAUAUACACGCUGUGA